AUGAAUGUGAAACACCGUAAUUGGCAGCUAUACAUAAAUAUAUUUUUGUCUUUAGAACAUGUUCACAGUCAAUAUAUUUAUGGUGACUGCAAGCGAGUAAAUCAAAUAUUUUAUACGCACGUUCACUUGGAUCACAUCGAGGUACUUGGAAAAAUAAUUAUGAGGGGGUGGAUUGAAGUAUUGAGAAUACCAACGUGUAUUAUUUUAAGAGCAGUUGCGAACCAAGAAGACACCUUUAGAAGUACCUCAUACCCAUUUCAAAUAUGUGUGCCUAGAAUAACGUACUGUCACUCACAAAAUCGUUUUAAAUAUUUCUACUACGAGUGGUACAUCCCUACAGAAUAUAUAGGCGGAAUGGACUGGGAUAUAUACUUCUAUGGGCCACCAAAUUUAGAAUGGCAGUGA